UUAUAAAAUGCUUGCCAACAAACCGAAUGCUACUCCGCACGACUAAAGUUCAUUUAUAUAUAAGUUAAAUUUAAAUUACGAAUUUGGUUUCCCGAUUAGUUAGUUACUCGCGAGACGAGGUCUCUCUGCUUACUUACGUCAAUCUGUAAACUGCGAAACGUGGACAUAAAGUUACGAAAAUGUAUUUGAUAUUCGGUGCCAUUUUUUCUACCAUUUUUCGUCUGAGUCCAGAAGCUGAUGCUCAUCUGGUACACCAUGAUUAUCCACAGGAUGACUACGCCAGCGCCGUGGAUUUCUCCCUAGCUGCAACAAUUACAAAAGAUCACUUAAAAUUUGUUCAUUUUAAUGAUUCUGGCGAUGAAGUGGAUGCAAAUCAAUUAGAAAACUACCCAACCAAAGUCCUAAUCCAUGGAUGGCUUACCAGCAUAGAAAAAUCCCCAUGGUACCCACUUCUUAAAGAUGCCUACCUCAAAGAACCAACUCCCAUUAAUAUAAUUUAUGUAGAUUAUGAACCAAUAGCUGGGAAACAAUACUCAGUUAGUGCACCAAGCAGUUUAAACGUUGCUAGAGUUAUCGCUGAUCAUUUGAUAACAGCUAAAAUAGAUAUGGAUAAUAUUCACCUUAUUGGUCAUUCUCUUGGUUCUCAUGUAGCUGGUUUUACGGGUCGUUCAAUCUAUACUACUACAGGAAAGAAAGUUGGUCGUAUUACACUUUUGGAUCCUGCAGGACCCAAAUUUGAAAAAACUCCGAAUAUAACUAAUACAAAUGACGCUACAUUUUUGGAUGUUAUUCAUACUGAUGAUGGUCAUUACGGGUUCCAAAGAAGUAUUGGUCAUCUAGAUGUGUUUCCGAACGGUGGUGGAUUUCAACCAGGGUGUCCACAUCAUGAUGUUGAUGAUAAUUGCAGCCAUGCCAGAUCGACAAGGUAUUUUGUUGAAUCUAUCGGUAGGAAACCUCGAAUUGGUCAGUUGGCUGCAAGCUGGGAAGAUUUUCAAGCAGGAAAUUAUACGGAUAGUGAACUUUAUGUUUUUGGGGAACAUGUUCCACAUACAUUAAGAGGAAACAUGUAUUUUAAAACCAAUACUGAGUCACCAUUUUUAACAGAAUAAAUGAAUUCAAUUAUUACAAUAAUUUGUAAACUAUCUAUUACAAUGUACAUUAGUUUUUAUUAAAUAAAUUUAGGGUUAGUAUAAAAAUAAAUUAUAAUUUAUAAAAUUACAA